GCUAAGAUCCUCGUCUUGCGAAUUGUCACCACAAUGAUACUCGCAACUGCCGUCCUCACAGAAGUUACACAAUGGCUUUCCACUGCACACAAGACUAUGCCCCAAUCCAGUGAUAUAUGUCUCAUCCAUCUACUUCCCAUCGCUCUUUUGAUUGUCACGGCUACCAUCUAUCAUGCACUCCGUCCUAGAAAUGUAUACCUUGUUGACUACUCUUGCUUCCGGCCAAGCUCCAGCUUUAGAUACCCAAAGGCAACCUCCGUCGAGCAUGCACGACUUUCACCUUUGAUUGAUGAUUCUACUGCCAACUUCAUAGCUAGUAUUCAUGAGCGCUCAGGCAUGGGCGAUCAAACAUAUUUCCCACCAGUAGUUAUGCACAUGGAGCCAUAUUGUGGGCUUGAUGAAGCACGCACCGAAGCAGAGUUGGUCGUCUUCUCAGUGAUUGAUGACCUUCUAGCCAAGACGUGCAUCAAUCUUGAUGCGGUCGGUGUUCUUAUCACCAACUGCAGCUUAUUUUGUCCGGUACCAUCCAUCGCCGACAUGAUUGUAAAUAGAUACAAGUUACGAGGUGAUCUCCGCGUCAUGAACCUCUCUGGGAUGGCAUGCUCUGCAUCGGUGACCGCAGUGGGGCUCGCGAGCAACAUCCUGCGGUUCAUGCCUUGGGGGUCAUACGCGUUGGUGGUGUCAACGGAGAUUGUUGGCCCAUGCUACUAUGUGGGAAACAAGCGUUCCAUGCAGCUGACUAACCUCUUGUUUCGUAUGGGCGGUGUCGCCAAGCUUUUGUCGACUUCCAGGUCCAAGGCUCGGUUUCGGCUUGGGCAUUUCACGCGAACGAUCACGGCGGCAAGCAACACUGCCUACCGGUGUGUGUAUCAAGAAGAAGAUGAGAAGGGAAACCUGGGGAUUGCACUCUCUAAAGACCUUAUGGCCGUCGCUGGUGAUGCACUCACGGCUAAUAUCACAUCAACCGCACCUCUUGUCCUACCAGCAUCAGAGCUUUCCAAGUUUUGGCUCUUCUGCAUGGCGAAAAAGGUACUUCAUUGGAGGAAGAUCAGACCAUACAUCCCAAACUUUUCUGUUGCAUUUCACCAUUUCUGUAUCCAUGUCGGUGGGCCGGCGGUUAUCACCUCAGUACAACAUGGUCUCGGUCUAUCAGACAAGCAUGUUGAGCCAUCACGAAUGACACUACAUCGGUUUGGAAACCAGUCGACCUCAUCAGUGUGGUAUGAGUUGGCAUACAUUGAAGCUAAAGGUCGGAUGAAGAAAGGCAACAAGGUGUGGAUGAUUGGCUUCGGUGCAGGGUAUGAAUGCAACACCGUUGGGUGGAUGUGUAUACAGCCAUCUUCUGGAGCGGAUGGACCUUGGGCUAGCUGCAUCCAUCGUUACCCAGUGGAUGUCUCCAACAAAGUUUAAACUAAGAGGUUAAUCACAUCGACAUAAUAUACCACUACUACUACUACAUCAACAUCUAGAAGAGUAAAUAGUAUGAUAAUCUAAUAAAAGGACACCACUCCUCCACUCCAUUGCCCAAAAGCCUAUGGUCGUGUUUAGAGAGGGCAGAAUAGUCAUAUGUUGGGCACUUUAGAGAUUAUCCAAGCGAAUGUUUUUCUCAAAGUCAUUGUAUCGGCUUUGCUAGUUGCAAUGUAUAAGUUGCUUGAGAACUCCCUGUCUCUAAUUCGAUUUCCGAAAAAGUGCAAUUUAAGAAAGUGUUAGUUGGUGAAAAACACCAAUACGCCAUGUAUAUUUGGAAUCUUGGAUGGAGGGAGUGGCGCUGCGAGAGGUUGAUGAUGAUGUGUGGCGAGCAUGAGGACGCAUGCAUACUGUGUAGACUGGGUCGACUAACUAUUUUUUUUCUCUGUGCAAAGGCCGAAGGUCAGUAUAUUAAGUACAACAGGUCCUUGUAAACACACUCAUACAAAAAGAUAAAUUACAAUGAAAUUCUUGGGGGUGCCGAAGUCUUCGUCCUUCUGGAUCCACCGGUGACACGCCGAAGCUCGGUCCCGCUUUUCGGCCUCCGCCUUGACCGAGUAAAUUUUAAUAAAACCAUGAACUUAUAGAAUCUGCGGCCGAAAAGUCGUCGAUGCAGAUCAUAAGGCGCCGGAGGCCGUGAUUCUACGAACCAAAUCACUGCCUUGGAGAAGGAAACGACAAUAAAGGCUUAUAAAAACUCUGAAGACCCAUCAGAAACCUAAACCGACUGGAUCCCAGAAGACCCAUCGAAGACACGGCUCCGCCUUGACCGUUGGCAGCAAGCACACUAACAGAACAGGAAAAGGGUAGGGAGAACAUUAUUCCUACACUGGGACAAUGUUGCCGCCUCGCCACCCCCAAACCAAACAUGAAGACUCCGUGAGGAAAACUUAAAAAAAAUCACCCAUGCUACUACAUGAUAAGUUUGAGUAUGAUGUUGAGCUCGCCGCCAUCUAGGAACGUGUGCCGACACCCUCUUCUUGGGUGACCUAGACAGGCCGGGGCGCCGUUGAAGAUCAUCACACUGGAUCUCUCCGCCCGCCGCCAGCUUCGGCAACACCGCCGUCGAGCACAGCGACGCGGAUCACUCGAACAUGCAUCUCCCUCGCCUUCUCACAGCAGCCCUCCAACGACGACCAGGCGUAUGCCAAUUGGACGAUGCGAUCGUGGGGUAAGGAGUAAAUUGCACAAAACCAUCACUUUGAGGGCUAGGUUUGCAGAAAACACUACGCUACAUUUUCUCGACAGAAAACACCACAUCUUGAGUAAUCUUUUUGCAAAAACCACUGAUUGGUAGAUUUGGCUCUGUUGAUUGCGUUUAUGACAGAUGGAGCCUGCUAGUCAGGCUGAUGUGGCACCACUUAAUGUCUCAUAUGUAACGGCGACGUUUGGUAAUGUUAGUCAUCAUGUGGGGUCCUGUGGGGUCCACUUGUCAUUGAAAGAAAAAAGAAAAACAAAUCUGGUUCGUCUUAUCUUCACCACCCAGGUCAACGCACAGGGGCACAGGGCGCGGGUGCGAACACACCGGCCCGUCCCGCCGCCGGCCGAGGCCGCCGCCGCCGUGGCUGCGUUGAGGGCCCGGACAACGUCCUCAGGCAAGGCCUUGCUGAGGCCAAUCCCCACGUGGCCGUCGCCGUCCUCGUGCUGCUGGGCUCGAUGGAUCGGACGAGACGACGAGGGCCAUUAGUGGACGCCGGCCAUGCCCACAGCAUAUUGCGCACGAGGCCCGCCUCCCAUCCCGCCUCCAACCGGGGCAGAGGCCACCAUAGCCGUUGCCGCGGAGCCCGUCCCGCCCCUGGCCGAGGCAGAGGUCAUCGCCGCCGUUGCCGCGCGGAUCUGAAGUGCAGAACGGAUGGUAGCAGCGGCUCGCUUCUUGCCGGAUCUAGGCGAGGGCGGGCUAGCGGCGGCGCUGGUCGCAGAGUUCCGAUGCUAUGGCGCUGGGCGGUGGCGGCGCUCCUCCAUGGAGCUCCA